AUGUCGGAGGGAGGACAUAAAACAUCACCCUACAAAUUCGAAGAAGACUUCAUGUUCGUUGAGAAUAUCACCACGGACUAUGCGAGCGUCACUCAAUUCAUCGAGUGUCAACCCUUAGUCGAGCACUCGACUCUUAGUCUUUGGUUCGCGGAGCCUCUGCACGUCCGCCGUGAAAGUCUUCGGAACUUGCGCAUCCUCGAUGUUUCUCUCCACUCUGCGUCAAUCAUCGCACUAGGACGGCAUAUCACACAUCUGAAGAUUAAUUCCAACGCCCACAACAUGAAUAAUGCGACCCACUGGGCAAACCUACUAGAUCUUGACUCGGCAGCACUUCGAGCCGUGGUGGGGCUUUCGCUACAGACUUCAUCGAGUUUACCAGCUGGCAAAGUUGGUUGCCCGCAUGUCGAACCUAGAACUAUUGCAACUGGCUGCCUCUGUGAGUCCUACGCGAUGCUCGUAAAACUCGGUGCUGCGAAGGGGUUUGACUAA